AUGUCUUCUGCGCACGACUAUGGCUACGGUGAGAAAGAACAUGGCAUGCCUCCUCAUGCGAUGGACGAAACCCCGAUCGCGCGGGGCGUGCGUACCCGGUCCCACAGCGACGGCGACAACGACGAGGAGCAUGCUGUGAGACGUGGCUCACGCAAGCAGUCCGUCGUAGCGUCCAUCAAGGCCAACUACGGUCUGGCCGAAACACCCAGUUACCCCGGCAGUAUCGAAGUGGGAUAUGAUAGCACCCAUCGAAAAUUGAAACCGAGACAUAUUCAGCUGAUAGGCAUUGGCGGAACAAUUGGCACGGCGCUGUACGUGCAGAUUGGGAGGGGUUUGCUCAAUGGUGGACCUGGGAGUCUGUUUCUGGCUUUUACCAUCUGGUGUACAUUCAUUCUCUGCGUCACAAACUGCAUGGCCGAGAUGGUCACCUAUCUCCCCAUUUCUUCGCCCUUCAUCCGAUUCGCAGGCCGCUACGUCGACGAAGCCUUUGGCGUCGCCGCGGGCUACAACUUCUUCGUCUUUGAAGCGAUGCUGGUCCCCUUUGAAAUCGUGGCAUGCAACGUCAUCAUCCACUUCUGGAGCGACAUCGUCCCCGCCGGCGGGAUCAUCGCGAUCGUGAUCGUCUGCUACGCGCUGGUCAAUCUGUUUGCGGUGAAAUGGUACGGCGAGACCGAGUUCUGGCUCGCGCUGGGCAAAGUGCUCCUGAUCGUGGGGCUGAUCAUAUACACGUUUAUCGCCAUGCUGGGCGGCAACCCCCUGGGUGACCGAUUUGGGUUUCGAUACUGGAACGACCCGGGCUCUUUCACCGAGCUCUACUAUGACGGCUCACUGGGCCGGUUUUUGGGGUUCCUGCAGUGUCUGAUCCAGGCGUCCUUCACCAUCGCCGGACCGGACUACGUCUCCAUGGCGGCCGGCGAGGCUGAGAAUCCCCGCAAGGUCCUCCCCAAGGCGUACAAGGCCGUCUUCUACCGCCUGACGGCCUUCUUCAUGCUCGGCUCGCUCUGCGUCGGCAUCCUCGUGCCGUACAACGACGCGGAACUCACCGAGGCCUUUUCGACGGGGAAGCCCGGCGCCGCGGCGUCGCCUUACGUCGUGUCCAUGAACAGGCUGCGCAUCAAGGUCCUCCCGCAUAUCGUCAACGCCAUGGUUCUCGGCAGCGCGUUCUCGGCGGGAAACAGCUACGUCUACUGCGCCAGUCGCAGCCUGUUUGGGCUGGCGCUCGAGGGGAAAGCGCCCAAGAUUUUCACCCGCUGCACGAGGAAUGGCGUGCCGGUAUACUGCGUGGCGCUCGUUCUGCUGAUCAGUCUGCUGAGCUUUUUGCAAGUCAGCAAUGAUGCCGCCGUGGUGUUGAGCUGGUUUGUCAAUCUGGUGACCGCAUCCCAACUAAUAAACUUCUCCGUCAUGGCCUUCACAUUCCUCAAAUUCAAACGCGCCCUCGAGGCCCAAGGCAUCGACCGCAACACUCUACCCUACAAGUCGUGGUGGCAGCCCUUCUCGGCCUACUACGCGCUGACGGGCUGCUUCAUCAUGACCUUUGUGGGCGGCUACACGGUUUUUUUACCCGGGUUCUGGGACGUGCCCACUUUCUUCUUCAGUUACACCAUGAUCGGCGUGUUUCCGGUCUUGUUUGUGUUUUGGAAGCUGUAUAAGAAGACCAAGUGGAUGGAGCCGCACGAGGUCGAUCUCGCGAGGGAUAUGGAGGAGAUUGCCGAGUAUGAGAGGAAUUAUGUGCCCAGGCCGCCUAGGAACACGUUCAUGAAAUACUUUGACAAGAUCUUCAGUUAG